UACGGUACCUACAUAAAGUUCGAGUUCGUGGCCGUUGGAGCACGAUGGAGAUGGACCUGGACGAGGUCAAUGGGCACAUCGAGUCAUGCGUGGAAGCUAUGGACGCACUGCAUGCCGAGUUGAACGUGCUCCGAAAGAUUAUCUACAAGAAUACAAACCAGCACCGUCGAGCCAACUACUUUCAAUACCUCGUUCAUGUCAAACGACUCCAUCGCGCUGUGAAACCAGACAAAACAAAACAUACGAUCAAGUCGAUUCUCCAGGUUUUGGAUGCCCUGAAAGUGAAGGAUGCGAGCAUGCAUCACGUGUCGUGGAAAGUUCUGUGCAGCGGCGACUUCAAGACGAAGGUCGACUCUGUGCUGCGCCAACUCGUCGCUCUGAUCGAGACGUAUGUGGAUGCGAUGGAGGCAGAGAAGAAGGCAUACAUAGCACUCGGGAUGCAAUAUGCCAUGACGUUCUUCAUGCCAUUCUGUGUCGUGACAACGAGUCUCCUCGGACGGCUUUACACCCUGCACCAGACGCUUCUCGUCCGUUUUACUGAAGCCCAUCAUGCCAUAACUCUUGCGUAUUUGGCUCAAUCGACGUUGGCAAACCCACUGUACGCCAGCACGAUAGCUACCCAACUUGCAAGCUACAGGUUGCCUCCCCAUGUGGUCGUCAGACUAGAUUUGAGCCAGUCGCUCGACAACUGAACCGCUACAGAAUGGCGAAUUUGUGAGUUUAUGAUAAAGUAUAAACCAACUGGAAGCCCUGCCAUUGAGAAUCGGCGGGUGGUCAAAAAUGC